AUGGACUUGGUUUCUUUUGCCCUCGAUGCUCAAGCUUCUUACAGCCCCGACAAGCCUCUUUUCAUCGAUGCCGAGAAUCCUUCCAUAUCGUUAAGUGCAGAUCAAACAAGAUGUUUGGUCAUGGAACUUAUCGCCGGACUUCAAGCGGCCGGGCUCCAAAAAGGUGACCCAGUCAUGGUCUGCGUACCAAACAAUUGUUUCUAUAUUCCCCUAGUACUCGCCAUCAUUGGAGCUGGCGGUGUAUUCUGCGGAACUAACCCUGCAUAUCAACUAGAUGAGCUGGUUCACCUGGCCAACAUUGCCAGUCCACGCCUCAUCAUUGCAUCGCAGGAUGUCCUCACUACGGUGAUUAAGAUGUGCAAAUUCAAAGGCAUAGCAAACGAGCGCAUUUAUGUCCUCGAUGACCUUUUCUUGCAGUCAUCAACUCCAAAAGACUCCUUCACCGAGGCCAUCGAUGAACUUGUCAGUGAUAGAGAUUACUAUGCUUCCAUCAAGCUGGCAAGCGACCUCAGAACCCACGGCAUCGCAUCAUGGCAGACAUUGCCUGAUGAAGAGGCAGCAAAGAAUACACCUGCCAUUUAUUUUGCCACCUCUGGCACAACAGGCCUACCGAAACUCGCCAGCCUGUCCCACUAUGCCCUGAUUGCCCAGCACCAAAGUCUCUACGCCAGCGUACCAUAUGAAGUGACACGGCUGGCCUGCCUUCCACUAUUUCACAUUUUCGGAGUCGCCUGGGCUCUCUUAUCGCCGCUUCGCUACGGAGAAUCAUUAUACAUCAUGGCGAGGUUUAACCUCAAGGAAUAUGUCUCCAACAUUCACAAAUAUGCCAUCACAGAGACUUACAUGGCCCCUCCCAUGGUGCAUGCCGUGAACAGAUGUGGACUGCCUCUCCAAGCCUUGAUGGCUACUGUUCGUUACAUCGGCAUUGGCGGUGCUCCAAUCGACGCGGCCGCCAUGAGGCAGAUGCGAUCAUAUCUCGACCCCACGGCCACGGUUACGCCAGUCUGGGGCAUGACAGAGUUUGGUCCCGCCGUACUUUUCCGUCACGGCGAGUUCGACGAUACGGGCUCUAUUGGACGGCUCAUGGAUGACUAUGAGAUGAAAUUGGUCGACGACGAGGGUAUACAUGUCACGGAAGACGGACAGCCUGGCGAGCUUCUGAUUCGCUCGCGAGCCAUCAUGAGCGGGUAUCUUGGCAUUCCCAUGUGCAACGAGGACGGCUGGUUCCCUACUGGUGAUAUUGCCCAGGUACAGCAGGAGAAGAUCUACAUUGUUGGUAGAUCAAAGGAGUUGAUCAAAGUCAAGGGAUGGCAAGUUGCCCCGGCCGAGAUUGAGGCCAUCAUCAUUCAACAUCCAGACGUCUCGGAUUGCGCCGUUGUCGGUGUGAUAUCCGACGACGGGGUGACCGAGGUCCCUCGAGCCUACGUGGUACGAAGAAGCUCUGAGCGAGAACCGGGCCUGGGACAGGAAAUCUAUGAUCUGGUGCGGGGCCGCCUUGUGAGCUACAAGAAGCUGUCCGGGGGUGUCAUGUUUGUUGAGAGUAUACCCCGGACGCCCAGCGGGAAGGUCCAGCGAUUCAAGCUGCUGCAGAACACCAGCGCCAGCGCCAGCAGCACCAGUACCAGCAUUCACCAACCACCGAGCCAGACUAGUUCACAGAAGCCAUCCUUGUACAGGACCGUGCGCAAGUCGGUUUCCAAGAUGGGGAAGAAGCUAUCCACAGUCGCGAGCCGAGCUGGCAGGUCACUCAGUGGCCCUGCUUCGGCUACAUGGUUGAGGGCCUCCAAAGUGCUUGCAUCAAGUAGGAUACAGGAUGUCUGA